AUGAAAGAGCAUAGCCACAUAUUGCAAGCCAAAUACAUCGUCCGAUCAUGCUCACUCCCGACUGAUGCACUACUCACCUGUCUCCUACCCUGUAUUAACACCCUACGAUCCAGUCAAUGGCGUAAACUUAACAAUACAGCUCUUGUUAAGGCCUUACCUGAGCCUCUUGAUAGCCUGAACACCUCCACCCUUCGUUGA